AUGUCUAAAAUUUGUAUUUUUUGUAAAAUUAUUGAUCGUGAAAUUCCUUCUUAUAAAAUCUUUGAAACUGCUCUAAGUUAUGCUUUCUUGGAUACUGGACCAUUAUCUGAAGGACAUACGCUUGUAAUCCCAAAAUAUCAUGCUAAAUUUUUACAUGAAUUACCUGAUGAAAAUUUAGCUGAUAUAUUACCAGUAGCAAAAAAAGUUGCUAUUGCUACUGGGGCGGACCAAUAUAAUCUUUUACAGGUUGUAGAACAUGUACAUUUUCAUAUUAUCCCUAAACCUAAUGAUAAAGAAGGUUUAGGUAUUACAUGGCCAUCUACAAACCCUUCUAAAGAAGAAAAAGAUGCUACUGCUGAAAGAAUGUUGAAAAAAUUACAAUCAUUAAAUUGA